AUGGCGACGGCCGGAGUGAAACGGUCCUUUGUGACCGCGUCCAUGGACGACGACGACGACGUUGAAAACCACCACCAACUGGAAAAUCCCACAAAGUUUAUUCGCGUUGACAGUCGCAAUGCCUAUAAUGCAUCCCCGAGAGAGCCUCAGAGUCCUAGGACGAGCAGCAGCAGUAGGUACUCUAUGGCUGCUUGCUCGAGACCCGAGACUCCAGUAACGAGGCCCGCGACACCAGUAACCCAUCUGCCGAACGAGAUUCCACCCUUCCCCGCCGACGCCUCCAUUGUCCUCGCCGGCAUUCGUGGUGCCGGUAAGUCGACCCUUGCUAUAAUCGCCUCUACCGCCAUGGCACGAAGAGCCACCGAUUGCGAAAAGGCCUUCCAGCAAGCCACUGGCUUGACCAGCUUUGCAUACAAACGGGCUCACGGCCCCGCCGAAUGUCACCGUCGCCAGACAGAUGUCCUGCGUGACCUUCUCGAACAGAACUCCAGAGGCUGUCUGAUCGUUUGCAGUUGGAUGGAGCGUGGUGUACAAACCCUCUUGAGAGACUUUUGUCGGACAAACCCUGUUGUGCACAUUGUUCGCGACGUCAAAGCCAUCCAAGAGCACCUAAAGAUCGAAGAUGAGGACAAGGCUAGGAACCUCCUCGCCGCCAGUAGCACAAUAUUUCGAACAUGCAGCAACCUCGAGUUCUUCAAUGUUUCCGAAACAGCGGACCCGUGGAUUGAGACUGAGGCAGCGAGGAUAGAGGCGCAUGCAGGUGGUCAGAAACCACCGGCGCCGUACUUGACGCUCAAGAGAGCAGAGAGACAUUUCCUCAAAUUUCUUAGUCUUAUUAUGCCCAAAGGCUCUAUUCCUUUCAUCGAGUCUGCCUUUCCGCUGGCAUCUAUACCGACUGAGGACCGUCGGUUUACAUACGCCAUUUCGGUAUCGUUGUCGAGCCUUCUUAACAAUGAGAUCGACAUUGAGGAACUAGAAACUGGUGCCGAUGCCAUUGAGAUCGUUGUCGACGGCAUCUCGGGCGGGACGACCCUGGACUCUGAACGGGCAGCGGAUAUUGCGAGAAUCAUUGGUUCAAUACGAAGGAGCACCGUGAUCCCCCUCAUAUACCAUGUCGUUCUUCCAGACUCCUCGGAGACGGUGUACAUGGAUUACAUCCUUCAUGGCCUUCGGCUCUCGCCCGAGUACCUGACUGUCGACCUCCGCCUCAACGAUUACCAACUGCUUCACAUCAUAUCGAUGAAAAGGCGCUCAAAAAUAAUUGGGCAUCUAACGCCUGCCGUCGACUCUCCUUCCUGGGGUGACUCGUUCUGGGUGUCUCAUUAUCACAGAGCCCGCCGAUUAGGGUGCGACCUUGUUCGACUCAUUAAACCUGUGACCUCGAUUAAGGACAACUUUGAUGUGAACCACCUAAAGGCUCUGGUGGAAGCAUCUCCGGGCCACAAAGUUCCUCUUAUUGCUUACAACUCUGGUCCUCGCGGCAGACAUUCGGCGGCCAUGAAUCAUGUUCUGACAAGCGUAGUCCCAGAGCCAAUGGCAGCAAGUCACAACCACCAGCAGCCGUGCUUGACAGCCGUGCAAGCGACACAGGCGCUUUACAGCUCCUUCUUGUUUGAUCCCAUGAAGAUCUAUGUCUUUGGUGCUCACGUCUCCUACAGUCUGUCGCCAGCUAUGCACAACGCCGCGCUCAAGGCUUGCGGCAUUCCACAUGUGUACCGGCCGUUCUCAACGCCGUCGUUAAACGGCCUCAGAGAACUUAUCGAAGAUCCCUACUUUGCAGGUGCCAGUGUUGGCUUGCCUUUCAAGGUGGAAAUCAUUACCCUCACGCACUCGUUGAGCCGUCACGCUCAAGCCAUCGGUGCCGUCAACACCCUCGUCCCCGUCCGGCGGCUGAACCCCGAUGGUACUAUCCCAGAAGAUGAGAAGCUGUUCAACUGCAGGAAUCGUGCUGGACCUGUGCGAGCACUUUACGGAGAAAACACCGACUGGAUCGGCAUCAGGGCUUGCCUAAGGAGGGGACUCUCUCCUGCCAACGCCGUACGGCCGACAAGCUGUGGUCUCAUCAUCGGUGCGGGUGGUAUGGCUCGUGCUGCGACCUAUAGCAUGUUGCAGCUUGGCGUCAAGAACAUCGUAGUAUACAACAGGACGAUCGCGAAUGCUGAAAAGAUGGUCAGCCACUUCACACGACUGUUGAAGCGGCAUGACCUGCCACUGCUAAGCGCAAAUGCGGACGUGGAAACCAGGUUUCACAUCAUCAGGAAUCUCAAUGAGUCAUGGCCUGAAGACUUCCGACUACCGACCAUGAUCGUAUCCUGCAUCCCGACACAUAGCAUCGGCGAUGUGCCUGCGCCCAACUUCCUGGCUCCACAAGCGUGGCUCGGAAGUCCAACCGGCGGUUGUCUCGUCGAGCUGGGUUAUAAGACCCUCGACACACCGAUACUCAACCAGGCACGACAAGUCUCUCAUCGAGGUUGGGUGACGAUGGAUGGUCUGGACCUGUUACCAGAACAGGGCUUUGCCCAGUUCGAGCUCUUUACCGGACGACGGGCGCCACGCAGGCUGAUGCGCGGAGAGGUCUUCCGGUCCUAUGAGCCUGAUGGACAGGACCGCUCGGCCCUUGCUCAACUCCAACCACGUCUCAACAACAUUGUCGAGCAAGAGCCAUGA